AUCAACGGUGUUUGUGCGGCGAGCAGCACGCCCCCCAUCCAAAUGGGCGGCAGCCAGCCGCCCAUCGCCACCUCGGUCACGUCGUGCCGCCCCCGGCCUGAGCCGCCUCGACGCAGCCGAAGUCAAGGUACCCGAAAGCUUCACAAAUGCUUGUCGACGGCAUCCUAUUCGGAGGACCAAUCGUAUUAUUCGGGGGUGGGCAUAAUGCCGCCCCUCGGCGCCGCUCAAGGGCUGGCGGUGCCGGCGCCCGACCGCCUCACCAAGCAGCAGUUGAUGGUGGCGCGACAGUAUUGCAGUUUUGGUAGUACACAAAGUCACCACAUUUUCGAAUAGUGGUGGGAUCAAAGUAACUAUUCGUUACUCGAGGGCUCGUUACUCAUCCGGAUCAAUGAAUACCGAACCAAACUGCAAUCGAUUCAAGCUACUCAUCUCUACGUAAGGCCCAUUUUCAUCAGAAACAAGCGAAACGCAGUUUGACGAAACUAACCGCCGUAUGCACCGCCAAGCUACCUAAUCGUGAUCAACUAAACGCGUUUAAAAGUUAAUCCGGUUUAAGAACCCAGCUGGUGCACCGUUGAAAUUUAGCGGCGGAUUAGUUAAACCUUGUACGGAUAUGGCAACCGUGUUCUAGUGACUCGCGUUAUCAACUUUCAACUUUCGCCCGGUGUUCCAAUCAGAGAUGCCAAGUCUACCGAUUUGUCAAGGAACCUACCGAUACUAUGCAGAUUUCUACCGAAGAGUAACAAAUAAAAUUUAAAAAAUUAUCCGUGGAUUACUUAAAAUAAUAUAACAUAUGUCCAUUCAUGAUCAAUUGGUUGGUUGGUAAUAGCAGACAUUUUAUUUUAGCACACCUCGUAUUUUAGAGUUCCUUUUCAAACAUAAAAUGAAUCAAGCUCGCCAUAUAGAUCAUAAAUAUGAUAAAAUUAUGUUUUAUGGAUCCUGCAAUAGUGAAAUCAGGUUCCCCACAAUCGAUUUCUGAUGUUGCAAUAAUAUUUCCAAAUUUAGUAAAUGAUAGUGAAUUACAAGGUCUGAACACAGAAUGACGUCUGUUGCGAAAUGUUGAAGAAAUUUAAAAAAAUUCUGGAAAUAUUUUAGAGUUUUGGAGUCAAGUACAAACAUUGAAAUAUGGAGCUGGUACAUUCGUGUUUCCAAUUUUAUUUGUAACCUACUUAUUCUACCUCACUCAUCAGCCAAGUUGAACGGAUA